UUCACCAUUCAUUCAUCUUGAAACAUUCCAUCCAUUAGGUACUCAUUACCUUAUUCUAGCGCAACUUGGAAGGAAGCAGUAGCUGCGAACAUUGAGCAAUUUCGAGACCUUUAUCGAUAACAGUGACCCAUCUGAGGUAUAAGUACCAACGUCACCUAGCAGUCAGGCGGUACGACGCAACUGUAGCUUUUGUUGACUUUGCGGGGCAACUUUAUUCUACCUCUGGACCCUGGGGACUCCCAGUCCAAUUCUUUGCGCUUCCUUGUGAUCAACCUGUCAACUUGGGAACUCAAACAAAUCAAUCAUUUGUCUUCUUCACGCUUGUCACUCUGUUCACUCUAGCCCCGAAAGCAGGUUGGACGAAAACCAGAAAUGUUCAGCUCAAUUUGAUUUGCUGACCAUACCCUACAUAAGGCAAUUUCGAUGCUUUCUUGGGUUUGGCGCACAAUCCAAACCGCGACAUUCAUACCAGCAUAACGAGUAGAAAACACGAAAAGCUUCUGCGCCACUUUACCUUUCAGCAAUUCUACAUAUCAAUCUACGUACACGUCGCGCGUCUAGUCCCUAUUGUACCAAAAUGGCCAACCUCGGUCCUAAGAGAUUAACUAAGGAGCUAGCUAAGAUCUCCAAUAGCUUGCCACCUGGUAUCACCUUGGUAUCUGCCGACAACCUUGAAGAAUGGUUCCUUGAUAUCCAAGUUCUCGACCAGAACCCCAUCUAUGCCGGCCAGACUUAUCGAUUAAAGUUCAAGUUCGGGAACCAGUAUCCCAUCGAACCCCCAGAAGUAACCUUCGUGAAGCUGGACAACCGCCCGAUACCCAUGCACCCUCACAUUUAUUCAAAUGGCAUCAUAUGCCUGGACCUGCUGGGGACUCAAGGAUGGAGCCCAGUCCAGAAUGUGGAGAGCGUGUGCAUGAGUCUUCAGAGCAUGUUGACCGGGAACACUAAGAACGAGCGACCCCCCGGCGACGAGGAAUUCGUGCGCGGAAAUCGUCUGCGCCCUAGAGACAUCGACUUCUACUACCACGAUAACACCGUAUAGAAGGCUUGCAUUUUACGAGUUUGUACUUCCUAAUAGGACUGUGACUAGCAGUCCUAAACAUAGCAUUGCGUUAAGAGUCGAUACAUCUCGUUCCUACAUGCAUAGCCAUUACAGAGGCUAGACUUUCGAAGAAAAUUGGGCUUGACCACCCAAGGAUUUAGGUCGUUCGUUGAGGGAGGCAGAAUUCUUUGCGACUAGCAGCAACAGCAUGAGGUUGACGGACACUGCACGAGUAGGCUGUAUGCGAUCAUCAGAUAAAACUCCCGAAUAAUAAUAAAUGUUCCUGAUGUUUCUUGUGGUUUUCUACAAUUGAUAUCCCCGCCGAGAAUAGGGCAGCACUACGUUAGUAUCCAAGGCUUGCCUGUCACCUGGUGACCUAUUGAAUCACUUCAUGCGGAAGUCUCAUUUAUUUAC